UAGAUGCUGAUUCAGGAAGUGAAGACUCAUGUGAUUUUCAAGAUGUCAACAAUUCAGAGGUUACCGUGAGCAGUCUUGCUUAACGAGGAACGAUUCAUGCAUAGAAGUUGAACUGUGUGUUUUAGCUAGAACCAUGGCGGCUCCCGAGUCUGGUGGAUCAACAUUAGUACAUAGUCUGGCCAGCCUGUUGCGAAACAAUGGGGAUUCUGUCCUGGAUGGCACCAGUACUCUAUCUCUGAUGGCCAGCAGCCUCCAGCACCUCACUCGCCUGUUUGAACAAUACCUGCUCUCCCGGACCCAUCAACAUGGCUUCCUAGCUCUGCCCUCCCACCCAGCAGACACAGCAUCCCUCCUGCAGGUCCAGUUCCUCUUUGACAUGCUGCAGAAGACCAUCUCCCUCAAGGCAAGACUUGCCUGUAAAUCCCUUGAUGUUAUCCUGGGGUUCUUGGAGACUUCCUGCAGCAUCUUUUGGUCAGCUCUUGGGCUGAAUUUCGUGGGACUACCUGGAGUGGAGCAUCUUUCCUCUCUUCAGCACCUUGACCUGGCUUACAACCUCCUUAUGGAACAUUCCCAACUUGCUCCUCUGUCCCAGCUCCACUGCCUCAGCACGCUCAAGCUGGAGGGUAACCCAUUAUACUUUCAGCGAGCUCACCGUUUUUCUGUAAUCAAGCAUAUUUCUCCAAAAGCUGCCUGUCUUAAACUCAAGCUAGAUGGUUUCCUUCUGUCAGCCAGUGAAUUAGCAGUCCUGCCAAAACCAGGCCAGUUGAUUGGACAGAUUGUGCAAAACACCCCUCAGGAAGUGAUCUUAUCAGAGCGUGGUACCCAGGAUGUGUCCAGUGGAGGGGGAGAGUUGAGUGACAGUCUGUCCUUAAGUGAAUCUGGAGCAGCACGACUUUGUCGAAAGAAAUCAAAGAGUAAGAUCAAAGUGAGAAGAGCCAGCAUUUCUGAGCCCAGUGACACAGACUAUGAAUCUAGGGCCCAGAAUGCCUCACUUGACAUUGUGUUACCUCAUCAGAAGGCGAUAGAAAGAAUGGACAGCUUCCGGCACCAGCUGGGUGAAGACUGGCUGCAGUACAAACACCACCUGGAAGGCACACAAGUGAUACAAGCAAAUAUGGGAUCAGAAGUUCCCAAGCAAAGCCCACUAGCUAACAUGACAGUGGAUCAAAAUCCAAGAGCUCCACACCAGAUAGUGGUCAACCCCAAAACAGGAUCACAGGGCCCACGAGUGAAGAGUCUGAUUGGCCCUCUCUUAACGUCUGAGCCUAAAGAAGAAAUGUCUGAAGUAGAAGAUACAGAAUCUACCCUUCAGUAUACUGGACACAGCCAGGAAGGCACUGAAUCAGUUUUGGAAUGGAGUGAGCCUACUCUUGAGGUAUCUGCCCAAGAGUUGGAGAGUGAGGGCCCAGAGGAAGAAGGGAAAGAACAGCUGGAGGAAGAGGAAGAUGAUUUUGAAGUGCCUGCCACUACCUUUGAGAAAGGAGAGGAAAUAUCCCUUCCAGUACUGGAACUGCACUUCAGUUACAUUAGUCGAGCACGACAGAGGCGGCAGUAUGUAAUGUUGGAUGAGGAUCCACAGCAAGCCUUGCAGUCGUUAGCGGAAGUCCUUACUCGAAUCGCCGAGGAGAAUGUGCACAAGGUCUCCCAGGGACAGCCCGAGUGUGAGCGUCUACAGUGCCUGAAGUGUAAGCUGGAGUUCACACAGCGGGUGGAGGAGGAGCGGUGUGUGCUUCUUCCCCCUCAUGUUGGGAGCAUGAAACCGGCCGAGGCAGGACAGGACACAGCUGAUGCUGCUGCAAAUGCUCUUAUCUGCCCAGAAUGCAACAGUGACCAUGUGGUGCAGCUUCCUGGCCAGUCAGAUCAAUAUACAAGCACACCUGUCCAAUCUCAAUCUGAGCAGAAUUUCAGCAUUCUGCAGAUCACCUUUGUUGAUAGCAGUGCUCACAUAGAUAUAGAGGAGUCACAAAUGCAUACAAACUGUCCCAUUGGCUAUAGUAGUGUCUGCAGUACAGUAGCAUCAGAUAAAGCAAGGACUGAAAAUGGAAAGUUACAAGUAAAGGAGCAAUCUGCACAGUUAGAUUCUGCAGUGGACAGCUUUUACAGUGCUAAAAGUGGAACAUUUUAUAUUGGAGAGGAGACCGAAGGAGAAGGAGAGAGCUGGGGAGACAUGAAAUGCCAACAACCAGCCAGUUUCCACAGCACAGAUGGGAACACCGUGACGUGCAAGGACAGCUCUUUUUCCAAUGGGCUAGCAGGAAAAGUCAUUGCUAAUGUCGAGGAUCUGACUGGGAGCUUUUGCUACAGCCCACCAAAGGAACUUCAGUCUCAGGCAGAACACACAGAGCAGUCAAGUCCUGCCCAGUACAACCUGCUCGUUGCAGACUUCCAGACUGUGGAUCACCGACUCAAGCUUUUCUUUGAUGUUGAGGUGUUUGAGGAGAACUCUGAGGAGCUCCAGUGUUUUCUCAAGAUGUCAACAGUGAAAUAUGGAGACCCAGGAGAGUUUUCUUCACUCUUAGUGGUGUCAGACCGUUGGAUUUACAUUUUGGAAAUCGUAUCAGAAACACUAGGUCAACCGUCUGAAUGGCUUCGGAAGCGCGAGAGCCAUAAGCUCUCAGAAUUGUCCUACCUGGAAGUAGGCCUGGGCUCCCAGAGUAUUCACAUGGAGUUUGAGGACAGCGGGACAGCCUACACCAUGCUCAUUCGGGACAGCAAUCGCUGCAAGCACUUCUUCAGCCUUCUCACUGGAAUCGUGCGUGAUCUUGCCCCGAAGUCUGACAGCAAGCUUAAAUCAAUUUCAACUGCUAGACUUAAUCCACAGCACCACCUCUGGCCCCUGCUUUGUGAGAAUGUCGAAGCAGAUGCUCCCGAAGACUGUCAGCUUCAAUUCUUUUAUCUCCUGGCAUUUUUACUGAAAGUUGAUGUUGUGGCUCCAGUAACUCUGCUAGUGACUCAAGACACCCUAUACCUGCUCAAUGAAGACCACCAAUGGAGCAAGACCUUGCCCAGCCAGGCAUCCAGUGGGAACACUGAGUCCCUUGGUGAGAAAAUUCAAGUCCAAGAGACACAGCCGAUAAGCUGUGUGAGCUCCAUUCAUCUGUUUUCAUCAGACCAAUGCAGAGUGAGCAUAAAACUUUACGAUGAGAUUGCAAAGGAUGAGAAAACAUGGCAGCUGCGGACAGAGAGCCCUGAGCUACAGAAAGGCCUGGUGGAAUGGAUCAGAAUACAGUGGGAGGCUAUGUUUGGAGUCAAACUGACAAUAUGCCUUCAAGAAUAAAGCACCUGGCGGACUUCAGGAUGAAAUCUUACAUUGGCUUUUUGAUAUGUUAAAUCCUCUUUUCUUUCAAAUGCAUUACUGUAGGGGUGGUAUUUUUUCAAGACCACCAUCUUAAAAGCAUUGAAAUGUAAGUGUCACUGUAGCUCUCAUAAAGCAGAGGGAAACAAAAAUUAGAAAAUGUUUCUGUUGCAGUAGAUUUUUUUUUUCAAUAAAGGGAAUUUGUAGGCAUCAUCAGAGUGUAAUCAGAGGAAGAGACAGGAAGCACUGAGCUUUUUCAGUUAAAAGAGAAUUAGGAUGUAAACACAAUAAUAGGAUAAUAGAAUAAUGUGCCAGGAACACAAAACUGCUCUGCCAUCAUUCUUUGAGUUGGUCUCUGUUAUAGUGAAACAUUUUGUCCAUUUGUUUGCUUUUAUUUAUUGGUAUGUUUUGGUAUCUUCAUGUUAUAACUACCCAAAUGAACAAAGAUUCACAGUUAUUGCUCACACAUUUCUUUUAGGUUUCUAGGUUUAUAAACACAAACAGGUGAUUUUCUCCUUCGCUUGUAAAGAUCAACCUUGUAUUUAAGUCCCUCCAAAUGUUCUUCUUGGUACACUGUUCUAUUUAAAAAAUUGAAUUAGAUUGGUGUAUCUUUUGCAUUAAUAUGUAACAUAAAGAUAGCAUAUUUAAUUACGACUAUGAGUGUCACUGUAUGCUUUAAAAGUAAUGUAAGAAAAUUGUAUUUUUUUAUUUUCCUUAAUAAAAAUGAAGGUAAUUCAUUCAUA